GACUCGGACUGGAAGCAGUGUAGAUCAGUGGAGGCGGCGGCUCCUGGCCAAGGUUGCGGGUCCAGGCAUGCGGCAGAGGUCGUUGCGAGGGCCUGCUACGUCAUGCUGGCAGACGGGAAAGGAAAAGAGGAGGUCAUGACUUUUCGAGACGAUUGGUACCGAAGGAUGAGGUCGUUCAAGUCCGGGCAGGCGACGUCCAACGGGCAUGCAGAAAGUGGCAGCGAAACUUCGCCGAACAAGCAGAAGAAAGUCACCCCUGCCACAGAGACUGCAGAGGCUUAUGGUGCGCAGCCAGAAGGCCCAGCACAAGCAAGUUCACCUCCGCCAGCCUCAUCUGCCAGUGGGUCAAGCUCUAGCAGCGAGUCUGAUUCAGAAAGCGUUGGGAAAGCUUCCGGAUCUGAGUCCCAAGAGGAAGCAGCGGAUGCAGGUCAGCGAGGUGUCGGAUUCCUGGAUCCAGACAAAGCACCCGGUGCGAUGGGUAGGGUGUGUGCAAAGAUGGCCGUCAGGACGGGCCUUCGCUGCUUCAGGUGCUAUUUUGAGAGGCAUAAAUGUCGAUGUAAACGUGGCUGA